AUGGCAGGUUUUUUGGAACUACGUCGGAAUUCAGAAAAAAUUCUUGAAGAACUCGAACAUUUAGCUAAAGAAGCUGAAAUUGCUCGCGAAUAUGAACAUGAAUCUUCUAUAAUUAUUCAAUCAACAUGGCGAGGCUUUCGCGUUCGAGCUCAUCUCAAGUUUUUACAUCGAUGUGCCGUGAUCAUUCAACGAUGGUGGCGAAGUUAUAAAGCGAGACAGCUUUUUCGCAAGAAACUCAAAACUCAUGUUCUUCAACUUCGAUUGAAAUAUUACGAUGAUAAAGCAGUGAAAAUUCAAAAAAUCUGGCGAGGAUAUUACGUUCGUAAAUAUGUUCUGGAUUAUUAUAGUCGAAAGCGAUACCUUGCUGGGCUUGAAGUUAAAAACGAACAAAUUCGCAUUCAAAUGAUUGAAUACCGAGAAUAUUUAGAACAAAAGGAACUUGAACAACAAAGACAAGCAAAUUUGUCGAAAUUAGAAGAUGAAGCGAGACGAACACAUUAUUUAGUCAGCACGAAAGUUGCACCUGGAAUUUAUAAUUCGAAAUACUUAGACGCACCAAAGGAAAUGGAAAUUAUCUUACGAUCAACGAAAUUCCAAACUACAUCACCGACAAAAUCAAUGAAGACUACGAAAGAAGACGAAAUAGCCGAACUAUCGAGAUUCUUACCGCCAUUGAAACCAAAACCACAGGGCCCUUUUCGUCCAUCGGAAGAUGUUCGUUAUCAGCGCUAUCGUCCACUAAAACCUUCAUUACGAUGCGAAACCGAUUAUUUCGCUUCGGAAAAAAUGCGCGAAGAAAUCAAACUUCAAGAAUGGGCUGACCGAGUUCACGAUGACACUUUUAGAGCAGGUCUUUUUCGUGAAAAACCUUAUCCUCGUAUGUUACACGGCGAAGAACCGUUUGAAGAACCACGAAAACUCGAACAAUUAUCCUUACGACAACAAAAUAAACAACAAUGGAUGUCACACAAGGGUUUUCGCUCAUUGGUACACGGAAUUCCUGAAUUUGAUAAAUUAGAAAAAACUUAUGUGGAACCUCAUUUCUACUAUUCAACUUCGUAA